AGCCUAGCCAGGGGGCUUCUAACCCACAGAGCCGAAGGCGAUUGCCCUGGACCCCCUGCCCAAAUGGGGACCUGUCGUCCCGCCUCCUUUGCCUGCGUCACGUGGGAAGCUCGCCCCGGGGUCCUAACCGGAGCAGCCGCGCCUUCUUGCGCGCCGAGGGGGAAGUGGCGCGCGGAGGAGUAAACAGGGUAGUUCUUUGCUGGCGCUAACAGCUGGAGGGCAUCGAGGCUCCGGAUUCCAGCUGUUGGGAGGAACUUUCCCGCCGAGGCCACCAUGAACCUGUUGCUGCCGUUGCUGGUGCUCCUUGGCCCCUUCUGCCUUUCUGCCGUUUCGGGGUCCGUACAGAAAACUGUCAACAGUACCUCUGCUGCCCAUUUAAACUCAUCAACAAUAAGUAAUUCUUCAACAACAGCAAAGACCAUGACUGUUACCAAUGCCACCCAAAAAUCAGUGAAAACCACGGCUCAUCCUGACGUGACUUCUAAGAUCACAACAAUCACCAACAAGACUACCCCUGCUGCACAACCUACCAUAGCCGCUCAAACAGUUAAACCUAUAGUACCUGCCAGUACAAAGCAUUCACCAACUGAAUCUGGGACACACAAGACCAUUGCAGUUCCUGUAACGAAGCCAUCGCCCGCUUUGGUGACAAAAGUUUCAGCAGUUGAAGGCAACUCACCGGGCUUCAGUGCCGGCAGCUUCAUUGGUGGCAUUGUGUUGACUCUUGGACUUCUCGCCUUUGGCUAUAUUGGAUGCAGAAUCUAUCACACAAAAAGAGGUGUUCAGUAUCGAACCAUUGAUGAACAUGAUGCCAUUAUUUAAAGUCUGUGAUGAAAAGACAAAAGUCA